UGUUGCACAAGCUCCCUGGGGUGACCAUGGGAGGAAGACACAGGGCCAGAAAGGUUCCCCAAACCCUAAAUCCCCAGUUCUCUCCUCUCAUUCCUACCUCCCAUCAUUUCUUUGACCUCCCUAGAUCCCCUAUAACACUUCUCACUCAGACUUUGGCUCCUCUCACCUCAACCCCCAACCAGAUUUCUCUUUGACUGAGGUCCCUUCCAGGGGAUCCAGCCAGCAGUCGGAAGAGGCCUGGGGACCAGGGGGAACCUGGCUGGAUAGGGAUGAGGGAACCAAGCCAUUCCCCAAGUCCCUGGUCCCCCCGUGGCAGCUCACUAAGCACCCUCACUCUUCUGCUGCUCUUCUGUGGACAUGUUCACUCUCAAUGCAAAAUCCUCCGCUGCAACGCUGAGUAUGUAUCAUCCACGUUGAACCUACGAAGUGGGGGAUCUUCUGGAGGGAACCGGGGAGGUGGAGUCCGGGGCCCAGGGGCGAACUCUGGUGGCCUAUGUCGCGCCCUGCGCUCCUAUGCGCUCUGCACGCGGCGUACUGCGCGUACCUGCCGAGGGGACUUGGCCUUCCAUUCUGCUGUCCACGGGAUAGAAGAUUUGAUGAUCCAACACAACUGCUCCCGCCAGGGUCCCACGGCCCCACCCCCUCCGCAGGGUCCCGCCCCUCCUGGCGCUGGCCCCGCCCUUUCUUCAGGCCCCCCUACUCCGGAUCCCUGUGACUACGAAAGCCGGUUUUCUAGGCUACAUGGCCGUCCCCCGGGCUUCCUGCAUUGUGCUGCCUUUGGGGACCCACACGUACGCAGCUUCCACCACCACUUCCACACGUGCCGUGUCCAAGGCUCCUGGCCUCUUUUGGACAACGACUUCCUUUUCGUCCAGGCUACUAGCUACCCGGUGGCCACCGGAGCCAACGCCACUGCCACGGGGAAGCUCACCAUUAUAUUUAAGAACAUGCAGGAGUGUAUUGACCAAAAAGUCUACCAGGCUGAAGUGAACAAUCUCCCAGCAGCUUUUGAAGAUGGAUCAGUCAAUGGAGGUGACCGUCCUGGAGGUUCAAGUUUGACCAUCCGAGCAGAGGCCCCUGGGAGCCAUGUGGAGAUUCGAGCUGCCUAUAUUGGUACAACCAUCAUUAUUCGGCAAGCAGCUGGUCAGCUUUCUUUCUCUAUCCGGGCAGCUGAAGAAGUAGCAAGAGCAUUCUCAGCUGAGCAAGAUCUACAACUCUGCGUAGAGGGAUGUCCCCCAAGCCAGCGACUCUCCCGGUUGGAGCGACAACGAAGAGGGGCUCUGACCUUUGAUACUGCUAGGCAGUUGUGCAAAGAAGGACUACCCGUUGAAGAUGCUUAUUUCCAUUCAUGUGUCUUUGAUGUUCUGACCUCUGGUGACCCCAACUUCACUCUGGCUGCUCAAGCUGCCCUAGAGGAUGCUCGAGCCUUUUUGCCAGACCUGGAGAAGUUGCAUCUUUUUCCUCGUGAUGCUGGAGUUCCCCUCAGGCUUACCGCUCACCUGACCCUAGUACUUGCUGGAAUCCUUGUUUUCUGGUGUUCCAUCUGAUGAACACUCCCACACCCACUUUAGUAAUCUAACUAACACUUUAAAUUUGGUAGGAAUAACACAGAAACGGGGCAGAAUACUUGAGGAAAAGAAGGCGGCAGGGGACAGUCUCAAAAUCUGAAAAUGGCCUGAUGAUACUUCCCUAGAUAUAUAAAAAUGGGCUAAAAUCAAGGGUUGGAGUGGCCACAGGAUAGAGAAAUGGGGAUGGGAGUAAAACUAGAGCCUCUGUGGUAUACACCUCUCUAAGAAAGCCUUUAAUGAACUUCCUAGUCUUUAUGAUGAGCAGAUUCUCCUACUACUAUUCCCUCUGGAAUGAAGGUAGGAGGUCAUGAUUUCUGAGUAUAAAUAAUUUAAGAGAUAUAUAUAUAUAUGUUCAUUACCUACCAAAAAAAAAAGCAAUUGGGUACUUUGGUAUACAUGAUUUCACUGGUAUAGGCACUCCCUCUAUCAACGCAGAUCAAAACCCCUCCAUGUUUUUGCAUCCAGUCCAUCACUACAUUUACCCAUAAAUCCACCCUAUUAGAUUUAUCCAACACACUGGCCUCCCUCUUGUCCUUUUAGUAUCACAGGGAUGCUGAUAGACUGCUAAGAUUAUCAGCUCUUCAUUCUCAUCAUAUGACUCACCACCUUUUCUGAUAAUAUAUUUCCUUGAUUUUUUUUUACAUGACUUCUCCAGUGAAAGUCUCUCUCUCUCUCUUUUUUUUUAAAGCAACAUUCUGCAACAUAGAAUGCUGGGUUCAGGACCUGGCUUCCUAGCUCUGUGACCCUACUAUGUGAGCUGCAAGUUCUUUAAGUAUUUCCUUAUCUAUAAAAUAGGAAUAAUAAUACUCACCACUUAGUAAACUGUGAAAUGGUUUUCAAAUGUGAGCUAUAAUUACUUAGACCCACCGCAUCUUUUCAUUACCCUUCUAGCUAUUCCUAAAUUUAAUUCUUCUGAGAUCAUGAUCUUCCAUGAUUAGAAGCCAUAUUAGCAUCUCAAGGAGAAUGAAUACUGUUAUUUUAAGGGGUAGACUUUUUCAAUACAGAGCACUUUGGGAUCGCUGAAAUCGUUGCACAACCCACAAAAUGGAAAAAAGAUCCAAUGCUUUUCAUUUACUGUUUUCUUUUUCAGUACAAGUAUCAUCUGUCAGGAAAAGGGCUAUAAGCAGUUCAGGAACUAUUUUCCUUUUUGGUUUUGUGUCCUUAGUGCCUAGCCUAAAUUAAGGGUUUAAUAAAUGUUUAUUGAAUUGGA